AGAAAAUAUUUAAAAAUGGCUUUAACUAAAGAAGAGAAAAAGGCAAAAAAGGAAGCCAAAAGGCUAGAGAAAUUAAAAGCAGAGGCUGAAGAAAGGAAGAGACUAAAAAAUGAAGAACUUAAAAGAGAAAUGGUAGCUCAGGCUCGGAGACGAGGGGAACUGGAUAAAAAAUGGAGGGACUUGAUGCUUAAGAUAAAAGAACCCGUCUUCAAACAAGACAUUGAGGUCUUUUGGCACAGUUUUGAUAGGACUGUGGACAAGAAAAACCAUUACAUCAAUAACAUAAUGAAUCUGAUAAAUUUAGCAGACGAUCAGUUCCAGCGCACCGUUGCUAGUUUUUGUGAUACCAUAGACACUAUGAUUUUAAACUUUUUAACUGGUAUCGAAAAUAUAUCUGAAGAAAAUGAUCGUAGAACUGCUGCUUUACUUAAGAUGGGUGAAACAGAAUCGAACCAAAUUAAAACAGAUCACAAUGCAGCAGAGACACACUUACAAUUAUUGAUUUUCCAUGGACACACCACAGCUGAUACACUCGCUUGGACAACGCGGGGUGAAAACCUAGUAAAAGAAGAUGAGGAUCGAAACAAAUAUGCCAGUGAACGGGAAAAUCUCCGUUCCCAUCUCGAGAAUUCGUACAACACCAUGUGGGAUGAUUACAAAGCUGUUCUAAAAAAUUACGUCUUGAAAACCGCUGCAAAUCAAAAAGCAGUGCGAAGAUUACGUCGUAAAGAAAAUUUGAUGGCAGACAUUAUUGCAUCACAGGCUAAAAAAAUAGCUGACAGUGAUGGCUUACUGAGAAAGCUUCGAAAUGAACUUGCUGCGUAUGAAUCUGGUACGAAACAAGCUGUGUUUCGGGACCGUCGGGAUAGACACAGGUCAGCUUGUUUUCGCUUAAAACAAAUAUUAUUCGACGGCUGCAAAACAGAUACAAAACAGAUGGCCAAUUUAGUGAAAGCUUCAGAUAAUACCAUUGAAUGGCUAAGAGAUGCACAUAAAAAAGGAGAGAAAAUCCUACGCCUUGCCGCAUUGUGUCGGAAAUUUGAAACUCAACGAGAAAAAGUAUUACCAUUUGGAUUAUCUAUACCCCAUUCACCUGUACAGUCUAAAACAAAUUUGAGAAGACUUCAAUCAGAUGAUUCCUUAGUUAUGAAGGCAAUUUCAACGACUUGCGGAUUAACAAGACUCUGGCAAAAGAUUUCUAAAGCCGAAUUGACGCGGAAAGCCUUAGCACGAGAGAAGGUGUUGCUUGAACAAGAAAAUGCUCUUCUUCUCCUUCAAAUUGAACAGCAAGAUAGCAAUCAAUUUCAACCUGAAACCAAAAAAUGUAUCUGUGAUAAGGUAACAAAACGAAACACAAUGUCGAAGCCAGUUCCGAUUGACGGAAAUAUGGAAAUGAGGAAAUAUUGUAAGGCUCGUUAGGGAUUUGUUCAACUUCGGUGCUCGUGAUAUGACAUGAUGAAUUUGUACGAUCUUUAUUGCUAUACUUGAAUAAUUAAUUUAUAAUUAAAGGAGUUAAUUUUAGAGUGCAAUACGACAUGAGACAUUUGUAUUUAUUCCGCGGCAGACGGCGGCGUCGCGAGCGUUGCAUGUCGCAAUGACGCGAGACCUACACGCGGCUCAAACGAUGCCACUAUGACCUUACCCACUUCUAAAACCGUGGGACAGGCAACGAUCGAUAAGCGUUUUGGAAUGUGCUUUAAAUUUUUUAAAUGUCUUGUAGUGUUAUUUUUACCUUUGAAUUGUGAUUAUAAUUAUCUCCCAAACAUUGUGA